CCGCUUCCCCGGCUUGCUAGCGUGUGAGCCCCGGCGUUGCCAUGGCCCGCUGUGGGCUGCUCAGCCAUCUCCGGCUGCGGUAAAGGGCUAAGGGCGGCGGCUUCCCUGGCUUCUGGCUCGUGGUCAACUUUUGUUCCAGACCCAAAGCCCCCACAAUGAAGUUUUUACUGGCAGUUCUUGUGUUUGUUUUCUUCUCGUUAUGUGUUGAAGAGGCCUGUUCAAAAGAGAAAUCUUCCAAAAAAGGAAAAGGGAAAAAGAAGCAGUAUCUCUGCCCUUCACAGCAAUCUCCUGAAGAUCUUGCGAGAGUACCUCCUAAUUCUACCAGCAACAUCCUGAAUAGACUUCUACUCACUUACGAUCCCAGAAUAAGACCAAAUUUCAAAGGAAUUCCAGUUGAAGUGGCAGUUAACAUUUUCAUUAACAGCUUUGGAUCAAUACAAGAAACAACUAUGGAUUAUAGAGUUAACAUCUUCCUAAGACAAAAGUGGAAUGACCCACGACUUAAGCUGCCCAAUGAUUGGAGGGGUUCGGAUACAUUAACAGUGGAUCCCACCAUGUUUAAGUGUCUAUGGAAGCCAGAUCUCUUCUUUGCAAAUGAAAAGAAUGCCAACUUCCAUGAUGUCACUCAAGAAAAUAUUCUUCUGUUUAUAUCCCGUGCUGGAGACGUCCUGGUCAGCAUGAGAUUAUCCGUUACUCUUUCAUGCCCGUUGGACUUGACCUUGUUUCCUAUGGAUACCCAGCGUUGCAAGAUGCAGUUGGAGAGCUUUGGUUACACAACUGAUGACUUGCAGUUUAACUGGCAAUCUAGCGAGCCUGUUCAACUGGACAAAAUUGCUUUGCCACAGUUUGACAUAAAGAAAGAAGAUAUUGAAUGUGGUAACUGCACCAAAUAUUACAAAGGAACUGGUUACUACACAUGCAUAGAAACCAUCUUCACUUUAAGAAGACAAGUUGGCUUUUACAUGAUGGGUGUUUAUGCGCCUACACUGCUAAUUGUUGUUCUCUCUUGGCUGUCAUUUUGGAUCAAUCCCGAUGCAAGUGCUGCAAGAGUGCCACUGGGUAACCUACAUUUAUACCUACUGUCAGACACACAGACUCACAGAAUGCCAUUGAUCCAUUUCAGUUGCUUCAAGAGCAAGAGUCCCUGGAAGCAACUACAUUCCCAUUUCAUGGUCUUCACUUUCAUCCAGACUUCCUCUUUUUCAGUCCUAUAUAUGUCUCCACUUUUUAAAAGGCAAGACCGUAGGCAGGUAGUUCUUGGAUCUGCCCAAAAAAAAGGUCCAGAGAAGUGUAUGAAUGCAACUGUGAGUAGAAAUUUGGAAAGGACAAAUGUCUGGGGAGAAGUAGAACAACGCAUCUUAGGGUCAGGCUAAACAAGAUGCCAAGCAAGUGUUCAUUAACUUGUCAAGUGACACAAUUUUACCUGGAAACUGUAGUUUUCAAAGAUGUGGGAUCCCCUCACUACUUUCAGUUGUCUCUGCUGGCUGCUCGUCCCCCCCCCCCCUUCUCCCACUCUCUGGCUGCUAUUGCUGCUGGGGACAAUGAUGAAACUUUGCUUGGGACUCAAACUAGACAAUAAUAUAGGGAGAUCUGUGAGAUCUCCUUCAUGAAAAAAAAAAACCUUUGAAGCAACCAUUUGAGGUUGCUAAUUUGAUUGUAGUGAUAGAGGACCUGCAAACCUUUCCUGCUGUAUUAUUUCCCCAAACUAAAUUUCUGUCCCCUGGUCUUGCUCCUAGUUCUCUGAGGGAAAAUCAGACAAGUACGCACGCCCACACACAUGUACCAGCACAGGACCAUGCAGUUUCUUUUAAGUAACAACAAAAGUGAACUGUUAUCAUGGGGCUCCUGAUUUCAUUUCGCUCUUUGUUGUGCUUGAGAUAAAACUUUAAAAAAAUAAUAAUAUAAUAAUAACAACAUUAGAUUUAUAUAUCACCCUUCAGGACAACUUAAUGCCCACUCAAAGUAUGUUAUUAUUAUCCCCACAACAAAACAUCCUGUGAGGUGGGUGGGGCUGAGAGAGCUCUGAGAAGCUGGGAUUGACCCAAGGUCACCAAGCUGGCUUCAAGUGGAGGAGUGGGGAAUCAAACCCAGUUCUCCAGAUUAGAGUCCCGUGCUCUUAACCACUGCACCAAACUGGCUCUCACACCAAACUGGCAAAAAAGAUCUGGCAACUAGCUUACCUUUGUAAUGUGUUUAAACAGUAGAUUCCACCCAGAGUGUGGGGGCAGGAAGGGAGGGAACUAGUCCAUCCUCUCCCCAUUGAGAUCGCUAAGAAAAUAAGUGCCAAGUUUCAUCAUUGCCCCUAGCAGUAAUCGCAGCCAGAGCACAGGGGUGUGGGUAGGGGGCUGGCGAGCUGGAAGCAGCCAGUAGAGAUGGUAGAGGGCAGUGAGGGAAUUCUCCCCCGGCAAUCCCACAUGGUUCUGUCUUUGAAAACUAUGGUUCUCAGUUAAAAAUUUAUCACUUGACCCAUUAAUGAACAUUUGUUUGGCGUCUCAUUUAGCCUGACCCUUAGUUAAGUAAAGUAUUGGGUAUAUGGGCUUGGCUGCUCUAUAAUUUGGUAAUACAUGGGCAGUGGUGGUGAAAUUCUGGGACUCUACUUCCAUUUACAGAUUUGAGGUCCAAGAAUAGUACCUCAAGAGUAUUCAAGAGAAUUAUGCUUAGCAGUCUCUUGCAAGAGAUUGCGCUGUGGAUCUGCAUGAUUGUGAAGCAGCCCUUACCAUAACUCUGGGUGGGAUCUAAGGACUCCCUUUUGCUUCUCCUUCCAUGAGAGGAUGAUUCUUCACUUAGCAGGAGAAAUACUUGGCUUCAGGGUCAGCCAUGAUUUUGUGCCUUGCCAAGAGGGAGGAGGUCACGGUCUAGAGCGCAUUGGGACAGAUCCCUUCCUUUUCUAGGUAAAGGAGUUGCAUUGGGUUUGGUUGUUUCAUUAUGGCUACCAGACCUGGCCUGCUCCAUCCUUACUCCAAUGUCUGGAAGGCAUGGACUCUCAGUUUUCUGAACCUUUUAUUUAUCAUACUGACAAGUGUUACCUCAUGUGAGAGGCCUUCUUAGCUAAAAUCUCCCCUUCUAAUUCCGUUGUGUUCACAGAAACAUAUUCUCUGGGCUUCGCUGGGCCGUUAUAAUCUUAGUUUCAGAGCAAAGAGGCUGCUUCAUGAAAUACGUCUUUUCCCUCCCUCAGUCAAAUUACAUACUUCCUUCUUAUGUAUUUCAAGUCUUAUGUAUUGUAAGACCUGAUUCCCUUCUAUCACUCUGGGAUUCAAGAAAAAUGGAAACUAACAGCAGGCCACUGUGACCUUAGCUGCCCUGCCAAACAAUGCAAUGAAAGCCGAACUGUCUUCUUUUUUUCAGUCAAUGGAUUUUAGAAGUUACUUGUCAAACUUUAAUAGCUAUGAACUUCAGAUAUUGUCUGAUUAAGGAAUAUGGCCAUCCAAAGAGUAUACUAUCAAAGGGAGGCAUUUGUUGAACACCGUACAUAGUUUUAAAGGUAGUAAAAUGAAUAUCCAGUUCACAGUGAUAGACUCUCCAGGUUGUUGUGGGAUGUAUACAAUUACUGCACAUCUGGCAUGUAGACAACCAAUUUGAUUGCUACGUUCCCUGCAGGAAAAUCAGGAGCAGAGAUAGCCACCUGUCUGCCAUUCAGUUGCUGUAUCACUUCUCGUUUUUGUGACAUCUUAAA